CACAAGUGAUAUCGAUAUUCUGUUAUCGUUGUCAAAGGCAUUGAACAUAAUGUAUAUACUGAUUGUACAAUUCUAUCUUACACAUACAAAAGUAUUUGAUGCAUGCAACCGCUCUGUUAUGCGUGAUCAUCACUCUCUUGAAGAGGCACUGUUUCGCGGCGGCAAAAAAGCUGUUGACGAUGAGUGUGAAUCUACCACGGCAUUAAUCAAAACUAAAAUACAAAAGGGAGGUGUGCGACUACGAAGGUGGCUAAUUGCGCUACUGCUAUUUCUAUUAACAUCGCUUCUUAUUAUCAACAGUUACAAUACCGGUCAAUUUCGGAUCACCCGAUUCGGAGAAAUGGCCAAACCAACUAUUCAAGAUGCAAUAACCCAGGAAUACAUAUCGACAACAUCAAAUAUAUACAUGCCAAUAAGCAAUGGUGGCUUUCUAGUUCGCAACAAAGGAUGUCGGUUACCGGCAAUGGAUCCUUUAGAUCUUGUAGUUCGACGUUUCAUAACAAAAGAUAUGUUCGAAUGCGAGUACGGAAAUUUUCCACCAUUAAUUGAAUCGAACAAUACCGCGCUAUUCAUUAAUCCGCUAACGUGGAACGAAUUUCAUAACAGUCCGGGCGGUAUAAGCUGCUGCUGGCGACCAUUUUGGCGAACGAAAGAUAAUGACAAUGCUGUCACAUAUGACACACAGUGCUAUCCUUUCCAAGAUUCUUGCACAGUGAAUGUUGAAUUCGUAAAAGUUGAAUGUUAUCAAAAUAACGAAAUGGUAUACAAAGAUUACUACGCUUUCCUACCUCGUAAGCCUUCGAUAGAGGAAAGAUGCAGACAAACACUGAGAAUGGAUACGCUGAUCGACGAUCGUCUCAGCGUUCUCAUUGUCGGGCUCGAUUCGGUUUCCAGGAUGAAUUUUCACAGAAUGAUGCCGAAGACUGUAAAAUCACUUCAGUCUCUCGGUGCCGUAGAAAUGUUGGGCUACACCAAGGUCGCUGAUAACACAUACCCAAAUCUCGUCCCGGUAUUAAGUGGUCUGAAUCAGGAGGAAUUGCGGGAUCUGUGUUGGCAAAUGCCUAAUAAAACUUUCGACGAAUGCCCGCUUUUGUGGAAGAACUUCAGUGAUGCUGGUUACCGCACAGUAUUCGGCGAGGAUGCUUGUAGCAUGACCACGUUCAAUUACCUGAAACCAGGAUUUCGCGAACAACCGACAGAUUAUUAUCUGAGACCAUAUUGCAUCGGUGCUGAGAAUGACAUUGGUAACACCCAUAAACUGAACGCCAAUCUUUGCCUCGGUACCAGGAAGACAUUUGAAUGCAUGCUGGAUUACACACGCAAAACAGCGAUUGAGUUCUCCUCGGAACUUUACUUCGCCUUCAUUUGGCAGGCAAGUCUCACCCACGAUUAUUUCACGUAUCCUCAGUUGGGUGACAAUUCUUACCACGAGUUCGUCGAGUAUGUGUCACGAGAGGGUCUGCUGAAUCGCACAAUCUUAAUCAUGAUGAGCGAUCAUGGUAUGAGAUGGGGCGAUUUCCGACAAACGUAUCAGGGAAAGAUUGAGGAUAGUCUACCUUUCGUCUUUAUCGUGCUACCGAGAUGGUGGCGCGAAAAGUUUCCUCUGGCUUGGGGAAAUUUGCGAAGGAACAGCCACAGUCUCACGACGCCUUUCGAUCUUCAUGAAACGUUAAUGGAUUUGCUGAAUCCGCAAUUUUUGCGAGAGUCAUUUCUUAAGAAGCGCAUUAAAAUUCAAGCCGCUUCGCCUGGCAUCCCACGUGGCAUCAGUUGGUUCCUACCAGUACCAGACAUUCGUACCUGCGACAUGGCGCACAUUGCGAAUCAUUGGUGCAUGUGCCAUACCAGUAAUACGGUCGCGUGGAACGACACCGGCUUACAUGAUAGUGUAUCAUUCCUCGUUAGAGAACUGAAUGGCAUGUUAAGCAGAUAUCCAAUGUGCGCAACCUUGAACUUAAAAAUGAUCAAAGAUGCGAAGAUGUGGCAGGAUAAGACGGAAGGGGCGACGCUGGUGGAUUACACAGUGAUCAUACAAACCAUCCCAGGUGAUGCGAUCUUUGAGGGUACAAUACGCUAUAAAGCAGACGAUAACAGCCGCAAAUUGGCUGGAUCGGUCAGUAGGCUGAAUGCUUAUGGCACUCAGAGUGCCUGUGUGGAUGAAUUCAACAUGCGUUUGUAUUGUUACUGUCUUUAGCACAACAUAUCCAACAGAUUGCUCGAGUGCUGAAGCUUUUAUAUCUAAUAAUUUAAAUCGGAGCUUGGUGCAACUCAU